AUGGCACAAUGGUGGCAGAUCCUCUUGGGGUGGUGGACAGUCCUGCCCACCUUGAUGGGGGACAAGCUACUCAACAUCUGCAUGAAUUCCAAGCGCCACAAGCAAGAGCCUGGCCCAGAAGACAAGCUCUGCUGGGAGUGCAUACCCUAGAAGGACAAUGCCUGCUGCACACACUCCACAAGCUGGGAAGCCCAUCUUGAUGAGCCCUGGCUCUUGGACUUCAGCAUAGUGCACUGUGAACUGCUGACCCAGGACUGUCAAAAGCACUUCACUCAGGCCCUCUGCUUCCUUGAGUGUUCCCCCAACCUGGGACCUUGGGUCCAGCCAGUGGUCCCAAACAAGUAGGAAGAGCAGCCGGUUCGGGAAGUGCCACGGUGCCGGGAGGAUUGUGAGGAAUGGUGGAAAGCCUGCCACUCAUCUCGCACUUGUAAAUCGGACUUGCUCAACAGCUGGGACUGGAGUCAGGGGAUGGACCGCUGCCCAGUAUAUGCACCCCCUUUCUCAUAUUACUUCCCGACCCCUGAUGACCUGUGUGACAAGAUCUGGAACAACACAUUCAAGGCCAGUCUUGAGCACAGGAAUAGUGGGCGGUGUCUGCAGAAGUGGUUUGAGCCCACCCACGGCAACCCCAAUGUGGAAGUGGCCCUCCAUUUUGCCAGCUCUGCCUCAGCCAGGCAGAUGUCUUACACCCUCACAGCCUUCUCUCUGCGCCUGUUGCUCUGUUCCUGA